AUGGCAAACCGUAUUGAGAAAAUCAAUUUAGAGAUGGAUAAAGCUCAAACUCAGAUUGAUAAAGUUGAAACUCGGAUUGAUAAAGUUGAAAGUGAGAUUGAUGAAGUUAAAAGCCAUAUAGAAAAAACAGAAAAACAAAUCGGUGACAUCGAUGAUAAAUAUAAAAACAAUGAGUCAGAAGUGAAUAAAGACGAGUUAUACAAGUUUAAAAAUAUGUUACAAGAAAAAAGUAAUAAACUGCAAGAAGAAAAAAAUAAAUUGCAAGAAGAAAAAAAUAAACUGCGCCAAGAAAAAAUUAUAUUACUCGAAUUGCUAUUGAAAGUAACUUCGAAGAAUACUGGUAGAAAUAUGCGUGCCGAAAAAAGAAAAAGUUUUCCUGGUCCGAAGUCAGCAUCUCAUUGGAAUGAAGACAUUUUGAAAUCAUAUGAAAUUGUCAUUCUUCCAACUACUCAAUUGUCAGUGCUGUUGGGACAAGAACCGACGAGAAAAUCAGCUCGCUGUGAGGCGGUUGAAACCGCUUGUUUAUCAAUAUCGGCAGAAACAGUGCGAGACAAAAAUUUUCCAUCAGAUCCGAAUGCGAUGUGGUUGGCAAAGUUAAUUUAUUUGACUACAAGCUACGGUUGCUAUGAAUCAGCGGUUGACGAUAUGGUUCACUGCAUCUUACAUCUACUUGGUUUCAAUGAUAUAAAUUUGGUCGUACUAUCUCGAAAUAAGCUGCAUUUCAAAAUGGCGAAUGGUGAAGCAGAGGCAACGGCUGAUAUUACCGUUUUGGAUUUAAAAAAUAAUUUUCGUCUUGCUGUUGUCGAGGACAAGCGAACAAUUGCAGAGAGAGUGGAUUAUGUUGAUGAGCUACUCCAUCCGAAGCCAAGCGAAUGUCAACUUGUUGCUGAAGCCAUAGCAGCUGCACAAUUUAACAGAGAAAAAAAAAGUAAAGUGCGAGCACACAGUGCAAGCACAUCUACCGCGAAUGUCGUUUGUUAUUCAGAACCAACACAAAUACCACUAUUCAUGAUUCGCAUAAGGGGUGAAACAUUUACCUUUUAUUCGCAUGCAUUCAGUAAUAUGAUUUUGGACGCAGUGGCUGAGAAUAUCACACCAACUGAAACCACAGCCAUAAGUAAAUUUUCCGUGGAAAAAGAAAAUAGCGUCGUUUAUGAAUUGUCAAUCUUAUUCAAAAGUGACCGCGAACUGAUAUUUACAAUUCUCGACCAAAUUCAACAAAUUUUACAAAAAUGUGCAGCUUAG